AUGGAUGAGCAUUCGUGGCACGAAUGGUGGCGCUUUGCCGUGGAAGAUGGGGGAAUCGGCACCUGUAUAGCUGCACUCACACGCGUCACGAACGAGAAUGCGAAUCGUCUCGCUUUCCGCCAAGGUGAGCCCAUCACGGUGCUCUUCUGUGUGCUUCCGCCCCAGGACACGGUGUACCCUAGUGGCCUAUUCCUCGGGUUUUGCGGGUAUUCUAUUGGGAUUUUUGAUGGGAAAGAGGUCCAUACUAUGACGCCGCUUCGGUCGGCGGGCACCGUCGACGCCGCGCUGCCUGCGGCGCAGCGCCCUUUUGCGCCUGUGGUCAAACUCACGUCAAUUCAUGUGCCGCCAGGACGGCGGAUUGUGCGCUUUGAGGAGCGAACAUGGCUCCCACCGACGCCACCGCAGGCCGAGAAGCCGUUAGCUGCGGAUCCUCCAAGCGCUGGGGAAUCGCGACCCGCCGAGUUUUCUGACGAGGGCGCUAUGGCCAUCUCGGCGGCAAUGCUCUCGCAGCAUCCGCUGGAUAUGUCGUAUGUGACGCGGCAAUCGUAUACCGACACGCAGCCACACCAAGAGCCGGCAACCCUCGAACCCGAGGCAAGUGCCGACUCGAAAAGCCCGUUGCCGGACGAGGAGUCGCUGUGGGACGAUAUGCGCACUCGGGACCCGACUUACUCUAUCUACGAUUCGUAUUUCCGACCGAGCACCUAUCUGUAUGAGGACGAGGAGGACGAGGAGGACGAGGCGCCCGUGCAAAAUACACCGGCGCCGGCGAACAAUCCGCCUUCGAGCGCGGAUAUGGAAGCACCAAGCGAGCGCGACAACGCGCAGGCGACUCCGAGUCGGCAAGCACUGCUCCAUGCACUGAGCAGCGACAAUGACGACUCGAUGAUGCAGCCACGCCCUAUGGAUACGCUCAUGCAGGAUAUGCCACGCACGAAGAACCGGCUUCUGGACCAGGCAGACGACACUAGUGCCUCGAUGACGCGCUCCUCAUCCGUGCGAUCCGACGAGCCAAGUACUCGUUCGGCAGACGUCCGUUUUCCAUUGCCAGGGACGCCCGUGAGUGCCAGUCCGUCACGCCAAAAGACGCCGUACCGGCCUAUGGGCACGCCGGCCGGCCGCGGAUCUCCGUGGUCGGUGGGCUCCACGACGGCUGUGCCGCGUGGCCCCGGUGCAUCGCCCGCUUCGUCUCCGCUGCGGCUCGCGAGCCCCGCGCCCACGGCGGACACAACGCUAGUGGGCCGGCCCAUGAGCCCCUUUUCGUCGCCACGGCUGCAGAUGGGCUCGGGACAUUCGACUCCGACAAUGAGCCCAAAGCGGGACCCGCGACCGCCGCAGGAGCCGCUCUCGCACCCGGCACCGAGCCUGUUUGGAUCGCCGCAACGCAGGGCCUUCGUGGAUAUGUCGGAGCAUGCGCUGCCUGAGCGUGCGCAGUUGUUCCAGCAGUGGAGCACUGUGUUGACGGAACGCACGUCGUCGUCGCGCACCUACAAGCACGCGGUGCAGCUAGUGCAUGCAGGCGUGCCGGGAGCGCUGCGGGGCCGGGUGUGGCUGUAUCUGGUUGAGAAGAAAAUGCGCAUGAAACCGGAGGCGUACGAGAAUGUGGCGCGAGCAUCACAAGACUCGCUCGCAUACCCCGACAAGUAUCCGUUUGCGCAGCUGAUUGAGCAGGAUCUCGAUCAGUGUUUUCCCCUCAGUCAGCCAUUUACGGGCCUAGCGGGCUCGACGCGUGAUGACAUCCGGCGCAUGCUGCACAUGUACGCGUUCUACUACCCCGAUGUGGGAUACACCGAGGGCAUGUGCCUGGUGGUGGGAGUACUGCUGACGCAUCUGCAGAUCGAGAACGCAUUCUGGUUGCUCGACACGCUUGUGCGUGAGUAUGGCCUGUCCGACAUGUACUCGGGCAACAUGCACCGGCUGCAGGUCGACAACUUCGUCGUGGAUGAGCUCGUGCGCUUGGUCGAUGCACCGCUGCACCAGCGCCUCAAAGAGCUGCGCAUCGAGCCCAUCAUGUUCCUUCCCGGCUGGGUGCUCCCGUUGUUCGUGCGCACACUCCCGUGGGCCGCGCUGCUGCGUGUGUGGGACAUGUUCCUGUGCUAUGGACACCCGUUCCUCCUGCGCACGGCCGUGGCCGUGGUGUGUCUGAGCCGCCAGGCCGUGAUGGGCGCCCAGCUGCCCGACCGGAGCCUCGCGCUCCGCCAACUCGUGUUUGUGCACCCGGCCCCGUUGACCGUGGAUGGCGUGCUCAGCCGCGCCCUUGAGCUGCCCGUUACCGACAAGGAGCUCGCCCGUAUGCAGGCAUCGGCAGAGCGCCUCGUCGGCUCGACGACGCGCCCAUCGGUAAACCCGUGA